AUGUCUAACAAUCGAAUUAAAAACGAUUACGUUUUCUGUCAAUGUCCUGAAUGCAUAGCAUCCAGCCCUUCUGGAAAGCGCCAAAGAAAACAAAAUGCAAGACAACAUAAUAAAGAACAUGGUCUGCUAGUUUCUGCAGCCAACACAACAGACAUACAAAAUGAAGAUAUUGAUAUAGAAGACUUUAUCUUUGAUAAUGAUAAUGCAGACAAUGUAAAUUCUGAUGAUAAUGAUAAUGAAGAAAACACCAACCUUGAAUCACUUGUAAUUGAUAGCAAUAAAAUUGAAGAAGGAAAUGCAAGUUUUGAUUUCGAACAAGGCGAGACUUUGGAUGUUGACACUGAGAGUUCUCUGGAUUGUGAAUCUAACUUAUCAUUUGUCUUCAUAGUUCAUGAGUUUUCAGUAAAUAGCAUGCCCAUCUAUAUUCGUUUCGUAGCUAUUUUCAUUGUCAUAUCUCACCUGAUCUUUUUGGUAGAUAAUUGUGAAUAUAUUCUCAUUGAGUUCUGCAACAAUCUUCUCUCCAUUUGCAACCUGGCUGGUUCUCUCCCUUUGACAAUCGACAGCCUAAGACAUAUUACUGGUUUUGACGAAGCAACAAAAGGAAUGACAGUGUACGUGACAUUAAUGGUGUAUCCAUACAACUUACUUAAGCACGCAUUACAGCAAAAAUUUUUCAAGCCAGAUUUUGAGCAAAGAAUUAAUCUUUGGAGAAACCGCCUAACAAUAGAAAAUACAAAACUUGAUAUUUAUGAUGGUUCAAUGUGGAAUGAGCUACAAGACAGCAAUGAUGCAAUGUUUGUUGAUGAUUUCCAAUCUCUGAUGCUGACGUUAAAUAUCGAUUGGUUUCAACCUUUUGAUGGCCAAACCCACUCGAGUGGUGCAAUUUACUUGUCCAUCAAUAAUCUCCCACGAAGUGAACGUCUCAAACCAGAAAACAUCAUUCUUGUUGGCAUGAUGCCAGGACUAAAAGAAGCAAGCACAGAUAGCAUGAACCACUAA